AUGCUCGCUUCCCGGAAUACCCUCAAGACAAGAACUGCCGCCGGGCAGCUCUGCAAGGCCCUUGGCAUACGACUCGUCACAAACCCUCAAGUAGUGCAGCUAGCCACGAACGCAGGCUUCGAUAGUCUGUUCAUUGAUUUGGAACAUUCCACGUUUUCUCUCGAUGACGCUGGCAAACUAUGUGGUGCUGGACUUGCUCUCGGCAUAACGCCUUUUGUACGAGUGCCACACCAAUGCGGCAAUGGAUACAUCCAGAAAGUCCUCGACGCUGGUGCUAUGGGAAUAAUAUUUCCUCAUAUACAGAACGCAGAUGAAGCAAAGGCCGCCGUGGCUAUCUCGAAAUACCCUCCCCAAGGCUGUCGUUCAAUCACUGGCCAACUGCCAGCCUUGUCUCUCAAAUCAUUUCCUCAACCUGACGUGAUCCGUGAGACUAAUGAGCACGCAUCAUCAGUAUUUGUUAUGAUAGAGAACGAGGGAGCGGUGGAAAGAGUAGAAGAGAUCGCCGCCGUAGAAGGAGUCGAUGUCAUAUUGAUUGGAUCCAAUGACUUGGCUAUCGAGCUCGGUGCUCCUGCUGAUUUUGGCAGCGACAAAUUCCGCCAGGCUUUGACACGUGUAAGCAAAGCAUGCAAGAAGAAUGGGAAGGUUAUGGGUCUUGCAGGUAUCUAUAACACGCCAGAUAUUCAUGAUUGGGCCAUUCAUACGUUGGAUGUGCGUUUCAUGUUAUGCCAGCAAGAUUCAGGCUUGAUCGCAGGCGCUGCUACGGAAUGUCGGGCUGCCAUAGAAAGUGUUGAGAACACUCCUUUGCCAAAUUACACGAAUGGAUCAACUUAG